UGUGCAUCCUGUCGCUGUGGUCCCCAACCACAAGCUCUGCCGGGAGGAAGGCGUUCGGGGAGACGCCUUGUGCCUGGGCCUGGCUCACUCUGAUGGGGUCUCCCUGAGGCUGCAGCUGGACAGGUGCCGGGGGGAGAUGAGGAAGGUGAAGACCACACGCCUUUCUGGCAGUCUCAGCAGCAGGGCGGUCCUCCAGAAACUGGGGAAGGCGGAUGAGACAAAAGACGAGCAAUUCGAGCAGUGUGUCCAGAAUUUCAACAAGCAGCUGACGGAGGGCACGCGGUUGCAGAAGGAUCUUCGGACCUACCUGGCCUCAGUCAAAGCCAUGCACGAGGCCUCCAAGAAGCUGAGCGAGUGUCUCCAGGAGGUGUAUGAGCCCGACUGGCCCGGCAGGGACGAGGCAAGCAAGAUCGCUGAGAACAACGACCUGCUCUGGGUGGACUACCACCAGAAGCUGGUGGACCAGGCGCUGCUGACUAUGGACACUUACCUGGGCCAGUUCCCAGACAUCAAGUCGCGCAUCGCCAAGCGGGGGCGGAAGCUGGUGGACUAUGACAGCGCCCGGCACCACUACGAGUCCCUACAGACUGCCAAAAAGAAGGACGAAGCCAAAAUCGCCAAGCCUGUCUCGCUGCUUGAGAAAGCUGCCCCCCAGUGGUGCCAAGGCAAACUGCAGGCUCAUCUCGUAGCCCAAACUAACCUGCUCCGAAAUCAGGCUGAGGAGGAGCUCAUCAAAGCCCAGAAGGUGUUUGAGGAGAUGAAUGUGGACCUGCAGGAAGAGCUUCCGUCCCUGUGGAACAGCCGCGUUGGUUUCUACGUCAACACGUUUCAGAGCAUUGCGGGCUUGGAGGAGAACUUCCACAAGGAGAUGAGCAAGCUGAAUCAGAACCUCAACGACGUGCUGGUCAGCCUGGAGAAGCAGCACGGAACCAACACCUUUGCGAUCAAGGCCCAGCCCAGUGACAACGCCCCUGCGAAAGGGAACAAGAGCCCUUCACCAGACGGCUCCCCUGCUGCCACCCCGGAGAUCAGAGUGAACCAUGAAGCAGAGCCGGCCGGUGGGGCCACGCCCGUGGCCUCCAUCCCCAAGUCCCCAUCCCAGCUCCGGAAAGGCCCACCAGUCCCUCCGCCCCCCAAACACACCCCGUCCAAGGAGAUCAAGCAGGAGCAGAUCCUCAGCCUGUUUGAUGACGCGUUUGUCCCCGAGAUCAGCGUGACCACCCCCUCCCAGUUUGAGGCCCCGGGGCCUUUCUCGGAGCAGGCCAGUCUGCUGGACCUGGACUUCGACCCCAUCCCUCCUGUGGCGAGCCCCGUGAAGGCACUCACGCCCUCUGGUCAGUCCAUUCCGUGGGACCUCUGGGAGCCCACAGAGAGUCCAGCUGGCAGCCUGCCUUCCAGGGAGCGCAGUGCUGCUGAGGGCACCUUUGCUGUGUCCUGGCCCAGCCAGACGGCCGAGCCGGGGUCUGCCCAACCAGCAGAAGCCUCGGAGGUGGCGGGUGGGACCCAACCUGCUGGUGGAGCCCAGGAGCCUGGGGAGCCAGCGGAAGCAGCCUCUAGCUCUCUCCCGGCCGUGGUGGUGGAGACCUUCUCGGCGACUGUGAAUGGCACCGUGGAGGGCAGCAGCGGGGCCGGGCGCCUGGACCUGCCUCCGGGCUUCAUGUUCAAGGUGCAGGCCCAGCACGACUAUGCGGCCACCGACACUGACGAGCUGCAGCUCAAGGCUGGCGACGUGGUGCUGGUGAUCCCCUUCCAGAACCCUGAGGAGCAGGAUGAAGGCUGGCUCAUGGGGGUGAAGGAGAGCGACUGGAACCAGCACAAGGAGCUGGAGAAAUGCCGGGGCGUCUUCCCUGAGAACUUCACGGAACGCGUGCAGUGAUGGCAGAGCCCCUGCAGCCCUCUGGGCGGGCACUUGAAGAACAUCUUUUCCUGAAAAAUGUGUGUUUCUUUUCUGUUUUUUUUUCUCCUUUUUUCUGUUUUGUUUGUUUGUUUUUAAAACUUUUAAAAAGCAAAGGGAAAUUGAGAGAGCAGAGACCUGAGCCGACAGGUGUCCUCUCAAUUAGGUUGUUUUCCAAAGAGCCCGGCCCCAGCCAGUCCGGUGGAGUUCACCAGUGCUCCUGAAGCUGUGUGUCCCCUAGUUGAGUUCGCGGCGUCCCUGCCCACCCGCAUGUGUGCCUGGCCGCAGGGCGGGCUGGGAGCACCGAGCCACCGCUGUGCUUGCCUGAAGCUCGGCCACCGCCGGCCUGGGCAAUGGUCCUGGCAGCUGCUGUGGGUGGGGCCCAGUCACCAGCCCAGCCUGGCCCCGCCCCGCAGACCAUCCGUGUGCUGAUUGAAAAUAAACCUUAGUGUUCGAAACAAAACGAAACAAAACAUCUGGCAAAAACAUUCGGAGAGAUGUGA